UCUCUGAUAUUUUGGCGUCAUGUCCUUCUGCUGCUCAGCCUCAAAGUAGCUCUGCAUCAUCAUGGUCUUUUCGGCAGCAGAAAGCCUCAGAGCGCUGGAAAGAAGCAAGACCAUACCACCUAAAAUGCCUUAUUUCAAAAGAGGCUGUUGGUCAUCCCAUGUGUUGCCUUUGCAACGAGCCUGCUGUUAUAAGAGAGUGUCUUCCUGAGGAGUGGUUCUGUGGGGACUGUGAUGUAUUGCAUCACAAAAAACAGCCACUCCACAACAGGGAAUGCGUGAUUCGUGUUUUUUUUUAAUCCAUUCCUCCAACCACAUGCAUCAUCAAAGGGGAAGAUGGAUACUGCACACAUGAGCAAGUUAGUACCGCUUCAGAGUGGGCGCCGCCUCUGCCGUGACAUCAUCGGAAACGCAAAACAUUUCAAAUGCACAACACAGAAGACUAUCGAGGGGAUUAUGUUCUUGAUUCUCCGCAUGUGGAUGUUUUUAACUGCAAGACGGAGAAAUGUGUUUCAAAUGAGGCGGAUGGCUGCAAAACAAUACUGCUAAAUCAACAAUGGACCCCUGACUUUAAAGACCUCCUAAGAAGUGGAUAUUGGCCAGCCUCCGUCACCAAUUCUACACUGUAUACUCUUGACCUCUUGAGCUUGCUUCAGGAACUCAAGAUCAUAUCUCCGGGAUUCUCCAGACAAGCCUUUGCAAAGCUGCUGGAGCAUCGCACUAAGUGUGGAGGAAGAUCUGGACCUAUCAACGGCGAUGCACUGCAGCGCAGCUUCUUAGAGCUUUCAUAUGCAUCAUUUGAGGAAGACCAGCUCUGCUGUAGUGCUCCUUUCACCUGCCCAGCCUGCACACCAGAAAUGCUGGCUGUUUCAGCAGAUGGAAAUAGAAAGCUAUAUCGCUUUCGCCGAAACAGAAACUCUGAUGAUCCUGGCUUUUUUGAGGGGCUCUUUGUGGCUGAAGACAGUGUGGUGUCUAGAUUUGUCGACACCAUACAGAAAGCAGUGAAAAAUACACAGGGAAGAGGCACAUGUGGGGACUCCCAAUGGACAGCAGCGAGGGAAACGUCAAGGAGGGCUUCAAAAUUGGAUGAAGAGGGGAUGGAGGUUGCUGUGUGUCGCCAUAGGUUCCUUUUGAAAGCCCUCAAUAUGUACAGGGGGGAGAUAUUUGCCUACCCUCUGUACCUUCAAAAGGAGCUCAUGCCAGCCAAGGCACAAUUCUUCGCAAUGGACGUGGCAUGCAAAUACUGGCCAUACCUGGAGAAAGUUGCUAGAGACCUUCCUGGUCUUCAGGAGCUAACCACUAUGAAACCCUUUCUCAGUAUAAUGCAUGCUCGAGCCCAUGCUACUAAGUGUGAGAUUAAUUGGAGUGGCAGGAACCAAGGAGGAGCAGGGACAACCGCUGCACGGGUGGACAUGCUUACAUUGCAUGCAAUGGGGUGGAACGAGAAAAAAAAUCUCUCUUUACAUCAGGCACUUUCCACACGAUAUGUGAAGACAUCAGACUCCAUGAUGAGACUGCAAGGCUAGCUGACCUAAAAACAUUAGAUUGCACAGAUGAAGUGGUGUCACAGUGGCUAUCUGAUGUAAAGGAAUGGGCAGCUGGUGAGACACCUGAUACAUCUAGUGCCAGCCAAGGGACAACACACAGAGGAAUUCAGCAAUCAUUUGAGGGACUCUACCUUAGUGUGAGGCACCGGAAGCGAACCCUCUACCGUCAGAAUGACAGCAGCACGUUUCACCAUCGCCUUCGAAGGAAGCUUGCAGAAGACAAAAAACUCCUUCUUCAGGAGAUACAGAAAUACAAUAAUCUUGUACUAGAAUCGGCAACAACCAUUGACGUAGCUUUGGUGGAGCAUUCCCUAACUGGAGAGAGUACUGUGUCUCAAAUAUGGCCGUGGGAGGUUCAUGGCAAUGACCAGGGAAAUGAGGGACUUUGCUGUCUCUUACGAAGAAGACUUUCAGAGGUGUCAGAAAGGUUCCAAGUGGUCCUCCAACAGUACAAGACUGCCUUAGGUCCUGAGGCCUCUGUCCUUCUACAUGUUGAAGAGGAAAAUCAAAGUCGCCUCAGUAGUCCAGACACCAGUGAGGAUGAAGAGGAAAACACAAUUUAGAUGGAAGCUGCACGAAGGACUAUGUUGAAGGAAAUGGACUUGCCCUAUAUCUGUGUAUUAUUAGUAUGCUGAUUGAUUAACCACAUCAAAAUCUUGUUGAAAAUCUGAACUGUGUCUUUAGAUUUUCCAAGCAAUUUAGUAAGCCUAUUGCACAGUUCAUUGCAAAUGAAAAACCUCUCAGUAUAGGUGCACCAAUCUUAGCCAAAAAAUGUCAACUUUGCAUGUAUGAUAUUACCAGAUGUAAUUACUGGGCUCAUAUGAUAUUUGGGUAGUGAAUACUCUUCUAAAAGAGAGACUCCCCUUGAUUCUGGUGACCCUGUGACCUUUCCUUUUGCACCAACGUUAGGCCAAACUUUUGACUUUCAUACAACAAAUGUUAUAAACCGAUUUCUGUAAUUUGCUGAUCAAUGAAUCAUGUUGACCUUAUGACAUUCCCUGUAGCACAAUCAUUAGACCAGAAUGUAAAAUUGAAUAUUGUCUAAUUGGGCAGAUUGCCAUGAAAUCUUGUAAGCACAUGAUAACUUUGGUGACCUCAUGACAAUUUAUCUUUUAUCACAUUCAGGCCUCAAUGUAAAAAUAUUCACUUAUUCUGUGGUGCAGCAACAGUGCCUGUGUCAGUCUACGACAUUUUGUUUUACCCCAAAGGAGGCUGCCUAUGGAUCACUUGAUUGAGUGUAUUAUAUAACUUGUGUAACUUUAUAUUACUGCAAAGAUGCAUAAUAAAAAAUAUUUUUUUUCAUUAUACUUUAUAUUGUAUAUUAUACAGUUGACAGAUGACUUAAUUCUUUGUUCUGCUGGAGCUUUUCAAGUGAA